AUGUCGAAUCAGCUUCUCGAUGAGACGAUUUUUACCAUAUCUAUUGUUGAAGAGUCUUAUGACGGGAAAGAAAACUCCUGGCAAUUGAAACUGAUAACAAAUUUCGUACAACCAGCAUUCUACGAGUUGAAGUAUCCUUUAUCCUCAGCCCAGGAUGCUGAAUUAGAAUGGUAUCUCGAGCAUUACGCCACGGAAGACCGAUUUUCAGAGUUAACAGUACGGAGCGCGUUACGAAUUCUGAAAUUAUAUCGAAAUGCAUUACUCCGUGCUCUUCGGGUUGUGCUUGCUUUCCUUCAACCCGAUGAUGUGUCGCUCCACCGUCGAAACACUCUACGCCUUCUAGUUCAAAGCCAAAAUACCGACACCCACUUUCAAUCAGUUCACUGGGAACUGUUAGAGGAUCAGUCAUUGUGGUCUAGAUACCUGUCAAAGGCAUCAGUGGUUCGUAUCGUUGGCGGAGCCCAGAUUGUGCGGCAGCCGUCCGGAACAUACAACGUCUUAUCGGGAUUCCGCUUCUCACCGAACAAAGAUGGUCGAGCCAUCGUGGAUGCAGAAGAAAUUGCUUCCGUUCUCGCAAAUACCGGAAUCCAAACGGUCGUCCUAAAUGCUUACUGGAGUGCACACAGCUCGCGUCGCAAUGCAAAAAAUCUGGCUUAUGCCCUUUGUCAGAAAGGAAUCGAGAAUGUAGUUGCGAUGUCGUCCACCGUCACAGCCUCUACCGCAUGCACUUUUAUCAAAGAAAUGUAUACAGAGUUCUACGUUAAUCACCAAAGCCUCUCAGAACCUGUUUAUCUAGCAAGAGACUCCCUCAGGCGUCGGCUAUGGAGACCAGGGCGAUUUGGAAGUCGCAUCACCCUGCAAGACGAGUUUGCUCCAGUAUUCUACAGCCAGGAAGAGAGUGACCUUCGAUGGGACCUGUUGCAAUAUAAGGAAUUGGCAGUCAGACCCGCCGGGCUACCUCCGACAGAGUAUCAUAGAAUAAAUGAGUACGGUCUCCGCGCAAUUGAACAAGCUGCUUCGACAGACUCUGUCGUCCUUCUUUCGGAGGACGGUGGAGUUAGCAAAUUGUGCCUUGCGUCCCAAUUAGCUCUGUGGUGGCAACAGACUGGGUUCGUAGAAAGUUACCGUAUCCUCAGUGCAUUUACCGACAAAGAUACGUUGCUAAGUGACAAUAUCUACACCUGGAUCGCUGCAAGAGACAGCUCGAGCGGGGAAGAUACCUAUCUCUCAGGUCGCCGGCUUCUCGUUAUCGACGACUUCGAAAAUUUCCUGUUCAUGUUCAAGUUUGUUCUGCAGACCGAGGAGAGAAUCGAAAGAAUAAAGGUCGUUGUCCAAGAACUAAUAUCGAUUUUUCGGGCUCCUGGGAACCGCGCGAUUUUGCUCCUCAUCUCGCGUAUUACGCCUUCCCUUCCCUUCUCCACGAGAUCCAGCCGCCCAUACAAAAGAUUACUCUGCCUAGCUAGAACCUUGACGACGCUUUUAGCCUAG